AUGCACGACUUAGCAGAGCAGUCCGAGGCGGACUUGAACUUUUUGAACCUGCCGCCAUUCCCAGAGCAUGUGCCUACAGCGCCACUCCUGCGUAUAAGUCUGAGUAAACUCAAACAAGGUGAUCCAGAGGAAAUUGACAAGCUAUGGAAAGCUUGCUGUGAGCUUGGUUUCUUCUAUCUCGACCUCCGUGGCGCCUCAGACAGCCAUAAAAGUCACCCAAUGUCCUCUGUCGACGUUAACGGCGAACAACUGCUCCAAGAUGCCGAAGAUCUGUUCAGGGUCGGCAAAAGCGUAUUUGACCUGCCUGUCGAAGAAAAGGUCAAAUAUGAUUUGAAGGACCAAGGAAGCUAUUUUGGCUACAAAGGAUAUGGUCAAGGUGUUAUUGAUGCCGCAGGGACGAAAGAUAGGAAUGAGUUCUACAAUGUUUCGAAAGAUGAUAUUCUAGGUCUCUCUGAACCAUUGCCAGCUCCCAAGCUACUGGACCCUCAUCGAGACUUGUUGAGAUCUUUCAUGCAACACUCCCACGCCAUUGUGGACUUACUAUUGAGCCUGUUGAACAAUCAAUUGGGUCUGCCACACGACAAGCUCACUUCUUUGCAUAGACUCGGCUCGGUCUCUGGCGAUCAGGUUCGCUGGGUGCAUGCACCGCCUCAGCCGAUGGACGACCGUAGAACUGCACUCGGCGAACAUACUGAUUUUGGAAGUGUCACUGUCCUGUUCAAUCGAUUAGGAGGGCUACAGGUCUUGCCGCCAAACUCGAAUGAGUGGUGUUAUGUGAAACCACUACAGGGACAUGCUGUCAUCAACCUGGGCGACGCGAUGGUCAAAUUCACUGCCGGGAUACUACGAUCAAACAUUCACCGUGUCAUCAACCCUCCAGGUCAGCAAGCCGAUCAUACACGAAUGAGCUUGGUGUACUUUGCCAGACCAGCGGACGACGUGAUAUUGAAAGCGUUGAACGGAAGCACCGUGAUUGAUGAGAAACGACGGCAAAGUCCAGGCGAGGCUGAAGAACAAGAGAUCACAAGCAAAGAAUGGAUACUACGCAGAGCAUUGGGUCGAAGACAAGGAGGAGAUUGGACAAAAUCUGGAGGAACAGAGAGUGGACGCGUUUGA